UUGAGGGUCCCAGGGAAGGAUUUUGGGGAUCCCAGGCAGCAGAGGGUCCCCAAAAGUCCUCGAGGUUCGGGGGGUGGGUGCAGAGCCCCCCCCGACCCUCCCUGUGCCCCCCCAGGGACUCCCCAAUGGCUGCCUGGGGCAAGAGCCGAGACCAUGCCCGGGCCCAGCCCCGGCAGCGGCAGCGGGACCUGACGCGCCGCCCCCAGGACACCCUGAGACCCCCCCGGGACCCCCGGCAGGACCAGCUGGGAGGUCUCCGGGGGUCUCUGCUGCGGCUGCAGCUCCGGGCGGAGGAGACCGAGAGGGUGCUGGGGCUGUACAGGAGCCUGGGGGGGCUCCUGCAGGCCGAGUCGGGGGUCACCCGGACCCUCCUGUGGGGGGCCGAGCUGGAGCUGCUGCGGAGGCGCCGGAGGCUGCGGGAGCUGCGGGAACGGGGGGGCUCUGUGGGGCGGGGGGGGGCCCCAGCACAGGUCCGGGGGUCCCGGCGGGCUCGGGGGGCUCGGCCGCGGGCACUGGAGGAGCUGCCGGGGCCGCCUGACCCCCCCCAGGAGUCCCCGGAGCCAGAGGAGGGGCCGAGGGGGCCCCCCCCGACACUGCCCCUCCCCCACCCCGAGGAGACCCUGGAGACUCCCCAGGAGACCCCCCCGGACCCCUCAGCCCGGGCUCAGGACCCCCUCGGCAGCACCGACCCCCAGGUGUCCCAGGUGUCCCAGGUGUCCCUGUCCCCACGGGUCCGGGCCCUGUCCCAGCACCUGCAGCAGCUCCGGGGGGAGGUCGAGGCCCUUCGGGGGCAGCUCCGGGGGAGUCACCUUGGAGGGACCCCCCGCAGGGCCCCCCCAGGCGACCCUUCCCCCGACUCCGGGGACGUUGCCGCUGCCCGCCGGGACCUGGCCCAGGUGACCCGAGACCUGGGGGUGGCCACAGCCCGGCUGGGGGGGCUCCUGGCACACCUGGAGGCACAGCUCGGACGAUGAGACCCCCCCCGGGGCACCCCCGACCCGCGCCGCCAUCAAACGUCGCUCGAGGCUCAUCCUGGAGGGGGGGCGGGGGGGGCGCGGGCCCCCUCGUUGAGAACGGAGACCCCUGGGGACCCCCCCCACUGACACCAGUGCCUCCCAGUACCACCCCAGUACCUCCCAGUGCCCCCAUUAAAGCCCCUUGUCUCCUCCCCC